AUGGCGGCUCGUGCUUUGUCUCCGCGCGUGGACACGUCCGACGCGACGGAGCGCGACCCUUACUCCGCUCGGUUCAAGCUCCGUGCAGUCCGCGCCGCACUUGCGCGCCCUGUCUGGCGCCGCAUCGUCCCGACGUGCCGAGAGUUUGACAUCAGCUCGCUCGAGCUGCGGGACUGGAUCAAAGACAGAGACGAGAUCGAGUCGCUGGCGAUACUCGAGGAGAUCGUGGAUACUGUCGCUGUCGAGAGGGGGGAGGGGGAGGAGGGAGAGAAGACGCACUUCAUUGGCAUUGGUGCCGCAUACGCAUAG